AUGUUAANACCAGAAGCAAUGAUUUGUUAUUUAGAAAAUUAUGGAUCAGAAAAAUUUGCACAAAUGUUUCUUGGUGAAUUUGAUCAACCGGAAACAAUUUGGUCAAAUGUAAUGCGUCGUUUAAUGAUUGAAAAAAUAGCCGUCCAUUUAGCUGAUUACUCUCCACGCUUAAUGUCAAAUGUUUCAGCUAUUUAUUCAUAUUGUACAAUACCAAUAAUUAAUUAUCCACAAUUAGAAAAUGAAUUAUUUUGUAAUACAUAUUAUUUACGUCAUUUAUGUGAUGAACAAAAAUUUCCCGAAUGGCCUAUACGUGAUCCAAUUGCAUUACUUAAAGAUUGUUUAAAUAUGUGGAAAACUGAAUUAGAGAAAAAAGGAAGCGACAUGAGUGUUGACGAAGCUUAUCAAGUACUUGGUCUUGAUACAAAAGAUGAGUCGGAUUCUUCAACUAAGAAUGGCCCACCUAAUGAAUCAAUUAUUCGUAAAGCAUAUUUUCGUCUUGCUAAUAAAUAUCAUCCAGAUAAAAAUCCAAAUGGUCGUGACAUGUUUGAACGUGUUAAUAAAGCAUAUGAAUUUUUAUGUGCUGCAUCAAGAAUUCAACAAGGUCCAAAUGAAUUUAAUAUUUAUUUAUUACUUAAAACUCAAUCAAUUCUUUAUCGUCGUUUUAAAACAUUAUUAUCUGAAUAUAAAUAUGCUGGUUAUCCAAUGUUAAUACGUAUACUUGAAACUGAAGCUAAAAAUGAUCAAUUAUUUUCAACGGGUAAUACAACAAAGCCUACUGCUUUAUUGCCCAUUGCUAUUGAAUUACUUUAUUAUACACUUGAUUGUUCGGAAUUAAAUUGUGAAGAAUUAAGACGUGAAAAUGGUUUAGAAAUUUUAACACAAGUAUUUCAACGUUGCUCAUCUGUUAUAACAAAAUCAUCGAAAUCUGAUGAUUUUGUUGUUGCUGUUUGUCAGUAUUCAGCAUUAUGUUAUAGUGUUGCUGGACAUUUUGAAAGAUCACGUGAUUUAUUUAUUGAUCCUGAUAAACUUCAAUGUGUAUUAAGAGAAUUAUGUCAUUGUUUAAAUUAUACUCAUUUAAAACAAUUAUGUACAUGUGUAUGUAAAGCAGCUAUGUCAUUAUGUGAAGGUGAUGAACGUUUAAGAGAAUUAUUACAUCGUCAUGGAUUAUUUGUUUAUACCUGUCGAGGUUUAUUUAAUUAUGAUUAUACCUUAGAUGAAAGUGGUAUUGCUGAUUCAAGUAAUAAACAAUAUGUUGAUAAUCAAUUAGCAUAUGAUUAUUUACAAACUCUUGCAUCACUUAUACCAAAUAAUCCACCAGCUUUAAUGGCUGCUCAAACAUUUUUAACACCAUAUAUUGUAACACAGUUACCUGAUCGUAUGGUACUUAAAUUACUUAAUUCAAAUCAAGAACAACCAUAUUUAGUAUGGGAUAAUUCUUGUCGACAAGAAUUAAUUGAUAAAUUAGAUGAAACACGUGAUUAUUUAGUUAAAAAUGAAUAUAAAUUAAAUGUUGACAAAUUUGGUAAUCCAUCAGAAUUUCUUUAUACAGCACAUAAAACUGAAUUAAUUAUUGGGGAAAUAUUUGUACGUGUUUAUAAUUUACAACCAACAACAACUUUAAAAGAUCCGAAAAAAUUUUGUUCGGAUUUAAUCGAUUUCUUAGGAGCAGGUUCACAAUAUAUAAAUACACUUAUGGCAAUGCAGUUACAAAAUGAACAACAAAAAAAAUCUAAUGAUGAUAAAAAAUCGUCUGAAGGUCUUCAUCUUGACAAACAAGAACAUAUAUCUCAAGCUCUUGAAGCCUUAAAAAAUGUUAUUCGUAAUAAUAUGGGUAUGGAAACAUUAUGUAUUGGUCAUUUUAAAUUAUUAUUUUCAUUAUUACGUAUGGAAAAUGUUGCACGUUUACAACAAAAUGCAUUAGAAUUAAUUCUUCAUUUAAGUGGUUCAAAUGAAUGUGUUAAUGAUAUAUCACAAUCAAAUGUUAUUGUUUAUUUAUUACUUGUUUUACGUUCAUCAAUAUCAAAUCAAGAAACAACAUUAGAAAUUUUAAAUGCAUUAUCAUCAAACGGUAAAAUUGUUCGAGAUAUUGUUGAUAGUGGUGGUCUUCUUUAUUUACUUGAUAUAUUUUCAAAUGGACAAAAUUCAAAUUUACGUGAACAUGCAGCUAAUGUUUUAUCAAAAUUAAUGAAUGAUCGUUUACAUGGUCCACGUAUACGUUUACAAUUAAUUAAAUAUUUACCUAGUUUAGUUGUUGAUGCAAUGCGUGAAUCAUGUGAAACAUCAAUACAAUUAUAUGAAACAACACAUGAAAAUCCUGAAUUAAUAUGGAAUGAUCAUACACGUGAAAUGACAUGUGAACGUAUUGGAAAACAAGUUAAUGAAUUUUAUUCACAACAACGUAUAUCACCAACAGAAACAAAAUGGUCUAUUGAUGAUGCAUAUCAAUUAUUAGGUGAUGAUGAAGAAACACAACGAAUUAGACAAAAUGAAUUAUUAGUUGGUGGAGUUUAUGUUCGUUUAUUAAUUGCUAAUCCUGGUUGGGUUGUACGACGACCAAAAGAAUUUCUUACCGAAUUACUUAAUCAAUGGACUACACAUACAAAACAACCAGAACAACUUCUUAUAUCACAUACAGAUGAAUUUGAAAUGUUAACACAAUGUUUAAUUCAAUUAUUACAUGCUCAACCAACAUUAUGUGAACAUUUACCCUCCAUUGGAUUUUUACCAUCAAUUGUUCAAGCAUUAGAAUGUAAAAGUAAUGAUGCUAUUGUUGCAUCAGCAAUUAAAGUUAUUUUUGCACUUUGUAAAUCGGAAGUUUGUUUACAAACAUUUUCAACAAAAUGUCCACAAAUUAUUAGUGGAUAUAAACAAGCUAUGCAAACAAGACGUGAUCAUCUUGGACUUAUUGCUGAAUCUUUGCAUGAUUUAUUUCGAACUCCAUCACCUGGUACACCUGAUGAAUUUAUCAAAGAAGCAUUACGAUGCCAAUUAAUUGAACACAUCCUUACAUUACUCAAUCAACCAUUAGCUGAUGUUGAAAAACCUGGUUCAUGUAAAGCACAUCUUGUUGAUUCAUGUAAAUUAAUGGCUGAAUCAUUAGUUCAUCGUGAACAAGUAUCACGUAUACUUCAAUCAUCAACUGUAUGGAGUGAUUAUAAAGAUCAACGACAUGAUUUAUUUAUUCAAACAUCAUCACAUAUGCAAGCAAUAACUGGUGGUUCAGUUGGUCCACAAAUUGCUGGUUAUUUAACAUCAUCUGUAACAUCAACAACAGCUGGAAAACAAAAUACGACUAUUCCACCGCCUUUAGUCGAUCAAUAG